GACACAAGAUACAAGUACACAAGUUCUGGAUUCAACCGCCAGCCCAACCGGCAAAUCCAAAUAAAAAAUGGAAGUAGGUUAGGAAAUUCGUUAUUUUAACAAUCUUUAUUAAGGUUGUAUACAUUUAUUUCACCUCCAAAUUAUUUUAAUAAAAUGUCCGCCGAAAAAAUCGUUCUGGAAAUUGAAAACACCGAAGUCAUAUGUAGAAAACAGACACUUAUUGAAAACAGUGAUUAUUUCAGAACAAUGUUUGAAGGAAAUUUUAUAGAAAGAAAAAUGAAAAAAAUUAAGUUACAGGACGUCGACCUGAAAGCAAUGGAAAUAAUACUGCGUUUAGUCGAAAACAGAAGUUAUGCUUUUGAAAAUGAAGAUAUUCUGAUGAUUCUGCAUGUAGCUGAUAUGCUACAAUUCGUCGAAAUCUUCGACUCAAUUCUGCAUGAAAUCACGGAAAUCUUAAGCCCAAUACAUUGCUUGAAAAUUUGGCAAGCUACAGAACAAUUAUCGAUAAAACCACUUUAUCUCAAAGCCAAGUCAAUGGCAUUGGAUAAGUUCAUGGAGGUUAAAGAAACUGAAUGUAUACUGGAACUCUCCUUAGGAAGGCUAUGUGGUUACGUUGGGCAUGUGCAUUUACGUGCUGAUAAUGAAUUUCAUGUGUUUCAAACAGUUAUGAACUGGUGGCAGGCAAACAACAACUGGAACCUGGAAAAUUGUGAUGUUACUUUGCUCAAGCUGCUCAGUUGCAUUGAUUAUCAAAACCUAGAUGACGGGUAUAUCAAAGAGAUGAUGGAGUAUUCUGGUAUUUCAGACAAUAACACGAUCAAAGAUAUACUGUUGUGUUUAUUCAAUCUAAGGAAUGGUUUUGCAACUGAUGGGUUUUCGCAGAGCUGCCAAGAGAAAGCCUCAUUAUUAUUGAACUCAACCAGAAGUAGGAGUAUUGCUAGUUGCCCUUGCAUUCUAGUCAAAACUAAGAGCCCAUAUGAUGAUGGUUUUAUAGAGGAAAAAUCAGAAUCGGAGAGAGAGAAAACUGAAUUUCAUGUUCUAUAUUAUGAUUACAACUCCAAUAAGUUCAAGAAGUUUUUUGAAAUAGAUAAUGGGCAAUGUUUAAACUUAACAGGGUUUGAAAUACUGGCGUACAAAGGACGUAUUUAUCUGUAUGGUGGAGAAUUCUCAAUAGGUCGGGGAGAAUUUAAUAAUACUAUUUCGAUAUAUAACCCGAUUCCAGAAAGAUGGAAAAUGAAGUUCACUUUUCCUCAAUCUAGGCGUCAUUUCAAAAGUUGGAUAACUAAUGGCAGGAUUUACAUAUUAGGGGGUACGGGGAACUUCCGAAUUCCUCAAGAAAAUAUAUUCUGGUAUAACAUCUCUUCGAGACGAUGGAGUCUAGUAGAAACAUUACCUUUCAAUGACAGACAGUUGAAAUGUUGCGAGUAUUUGAAUAAAUUUUUUAUGUUCAGCAUGAAUGAGAAAUGUGGGUACAUUCAUACUCGCAACUCUCGUGGUAACUGGAUAUGGGAUAAAAAAAAGUUAGUCAUGGAAGACAGUAUAAUGAAUAACAACAGCGUUUUUGAACUGUUAUCAUAUAAAGAUAAAUUGUACAUUAAAGGAAAAAAACUGAUUGAAAUAUGUGUCGACGGUGAUAAACUAGUAGUUUUAUCUAUAAAAAAUAUAACAGACAUUGAUUAUGAUGCAAUAAAAGUUACAUUGUGUCAUAAUAUAAUAUACACCCUAUAUAAUUACCAGAAUUUUGGCACUCCUCUAUAUUCUUUGGAAAAGUACAACCUAGAAACAGGAGCUAUUGAAUUUGUUUUCACGGAUAGUACCGGUGUAAUAGGAAACGACAACAAUCGGCUUGUAAUUCAUAGCGAUAUGAAACUUUUUUCAUUCAACCAUUACAGUUUGGUGGAGAGAGACAAUUUGAUCAACUGUUCAUUUAUGUGAUACUUUUUAAAACAAUUUUUAUAUGCAAUUCUACAUGUAAAUAAUUCAAUAAUGGAAUUACAUUUUUCUAAUUUUUUA